GCCGGCCCUUCACUGGUGGAGCCCGGGCUUCUGUCUGCCAGAGGAGCUAAUCCCGACGCCGCGGAGUCGGUCCAGAUCAACUCAGGGUUUAUCCCGAAACGAGUCCAGCCCAGGGCCCUGCCCAGGGGAGUUGCCUGUCUGGCCCGAGCACCAACACACACGGUGGCAGAGAGAGGAAAGCAGGACUUGUGCAGCCCUUGGCCCUGCUCAGAGUGCCUGAUGAGAAAACCAAGGUCCUCAGACAUACAAUAAAUUGCACAAGGUCACAUCAGCUGGGAGGUGAUGGAGGCAAGAUUUGAACCUGGGCAUUUUGGCUUCCAAGACUGUGUGCUUAAGCACAGUGCUGUGCUGUUGCUCUGGACCUCAGAUCUUUUAUCUGUGAAAAGAACGUUUCUCAUGAUGCUGACAUGAAGAGAAGCCCCACCCACCAAGGCCAUGGAAGUGGAGGCCACGGAAGCCGGGUCCCCUGCGCCUGGGUACAAGCGCUGUGGCCGCCGCUAUAAGUGCCUGUCCUGCACCAAGACAUUUCCAAACGCUCCCAGGGCUGCGCGCCACGCGGCCACGCAUGUGCCUGCAGACUGCGCAGAGGAGGCGGUCGAGGUGAAGCCAAAGCAGGACACCGAAGCCAAGGGAGAAGAAGCUGGUGAGGAGAAGGGGUCAGGCUCGGCGGCGAAGCCUCGGCCCUACGCGUGUCCCCUGUGCCCCAAGGCCUACAAGACGGCGCCCGAGCUCCGCAGCCAUGGGCGCAGCCACACGGGCGAGAAGCCCUUCCCGUGCCCGGAGUGCGGCCGCCGCUUCAUGCAGCCCGUGUGUCUGCGCGUGCACUUGGCCUCGCACGCGGGCGAGCUGCCCUUCCGCUGCGCGCACUGCCCCAAGGCCUACGGCGCGCUGUCCAAGCUCAAGAUCCACCAGCGCGGCCACACCGGCGAGCGGCCCUACGCCUGCACCGACUGCGGCAAGAGCUUCGCCGACCCCUCGGUGUUUCGCAAGCACCGGCGCACGCACGCGGGCCUGCGGCCCUACGGCUGCGAGCGCUGCGGCAAGGCGUACGCGGAGCUCAAGGACCUGCGCAACCACGAGCGGUCGCACACCGGGGAGCGCCCCUUCCUCUGCUCCGACUGCGGGAAGAGCUUCUCCCGCUCCUCGUCCCUCACCUGCCACCAGCGCAUCCACGCGGCGCAGAAGCCCUACCGCUGCCCGGCCUGCGGCAAGGGCUUCACGCAGCUCAGCUCCUACCAGAGCCACGAGCGCACGCACUCGGGGGAGAAGCCGUUCCUGUGCCCGCGCUGCGGCCGCAUGUUCUCCGACCCCUCCAGCUUCCGGCGCCACCAGCGCGCGCACGAGGGCGUGAAGCCCUACCGCUGCGACAAGUGCGGCAAGGACUUCCGGCAGCCGGCCGACCUGGCCAUGCACCGGCGCGUGCACACGGGCGACCGGCCCUUCAAGUGCCUGCAGUGCGACAAGACGUUCGUGGCGUCCUGGGACCUCAAGCGGCACGCGCUGGUGCACUCGGGCCAGCGGCCCUUCCGCUGCGAGGAGUGCGGGCGCGCCUUCGCCGAGCGCGCCAGCCUCACCAAGCACAGCCGCGUGCACUCGGGCGAGCGCCCGUUCCACUGCGGCGCCUGCGGGAAGUCGUUCGUGGUGUCGUCCAGCCUGCGCAAGCACGAGCGCACCCACCGCAGCAGCGAGGCCGCCGCGCCGGAGCUGGUGGUCGGGCUGGCGCUGCCGGUCGGUGUGACAGGUGAGGGCCCGGCCGCCCCCGGCACAGCCGCGGGCCUCGGCGAGCCCCCGGCCGGGCUGCUGGGGCUGCCCCCCGAGUCCAGCGCGGUGAUGGCCACGCAGUGGCAGGUGGUAGGGAUGACGGUGGAGCACGUGGAGUGCCAGGGGCCCGGCGUCGGGGAGGCCGCAGGGCCCUUGGGGUUGGCCGGGGUUGAGGAGGCCGACGAGAAGCCCCCGCAGUUCACUUGUCGCGAGUGCAAAGAGACCUUCCCCACCCCGACCCUGCUGCGGCGGCACGAGCGCUCGCACCCCGAGCUCCGGCCCUUCCCCUGCGCGCAGUGCGGCAAGAGUUUCUCCGACAGGGCGGGGCUGCGCAAGCACGGCCGCACGCACAGCUCCGUGCGCCCCCACGCCUGUGCCCACUGCCCCAAGGCUUUCUUAAGUGCCAGCGACCUGCGCAAGCAUGAACGCACUCACCCUGUGCCCGUGGGGACCCCCAUACCGCUCGAGCCGCUGGUGGCGUUGCUAGGAGUGCCUGAAGAGGGGCCGGCCUGAGCCCGCGGGCCCUUGACCCUGGAGUGCCCUGCCCCCACAGGGCCGGACAGCUUUGCCCCCCACUCACUCCUUAGACUCCUGAUCCCUGCCCUGAGCAACGAGCUCACCUGCCGCCGAACAGAGAGGAGGGGACAGAGGAAGCUGGCAGCAGCUGUGAGAGGCAGGGCGCUCUCGGGACGCUCAUUAAAGCAUCCCCUUUGACACUGGACUGUCCUCUGUUCUGGUUGAGGGAGAGAGGAUGGGAGCUAGGGAUCAGAAGAGGUUCAGUGGAGACCCCCACGCUGACAGGUCUUGUUUUGUUUUGUACUGUUUUUUGUCUUUUUUUGAGGCA